AUGGAUAUUCCCGGUCCCGCCCAGUGCGUUAUUCCCAGCCCGGUGCGCUAUUCCCGGCUCCCACCCCUGGACCCAAAGCCCCGCCUCCAGGGGCCCGGUGCGGCGGCGGGGCCCGGCCCCAGCCCGGUGCCGCCGCUGACGCCCGCGGCGCCGGGGCCGUUCUCGCUGCUGGACACGUGCGCGGUGUGCGCGCAGAGCCUGCAGAGCCGGCGGGAGGCCGAGCCCAAGCUGCUGCCCUGCCUGCACUCCUUCUGCCGCCGCUGCCUGCCCGAGCCCGAGCGCCAGCUCACCGUGCCCGUGCCCGGCGGCGCCAACGGCGACGUGCAGCAAGUGGGGGUGAUCCGCUGCCCCAUCUGCCGCCAGGAGUGCCGGCAGAUCGACCUGGUGGACAACUACUUUGUGAAGGACACCUCGGAGAGCCCCAGCAGCUCGGACGAGAAGUCAGAGCAGGUGUGCACCAGCUGUGAGGACAACGCCAGUGCCGUGGGUUUCUGUGUGGAGUGUGGGGAGUGGCUGUGCAAGACCUGCAUCGAGGCUCACCAGCGAGUAAAGUUCACCAAGGACCACAUGAUCAGGAAAAAAGAGGAUGUGUCCUCAGAGGCCGUGGGAGCAUCUGGUCAGCGUCCUGUUUUCUGCCCUGUCCACAAACAAGAGCAGUUAAAACUUUUCUGUGAAACCUGUGACAGGCUGACAUGCAGAGACUGUCAGCUGCUGGAGCACAAAGAACACAGGUACCAGUUCCUGGAAGAAGCUUUUCAGAACCAAAAAGGUGCAAUUGAGAACCUCUUGGCCAAACUCCUUGAGAAGAAGAAUUAUGUAAAUUUUGCAGCUGCCCAAGUUCAAAAUAGGAUAAAAGAAGUAAACGAAACCAACAAACGAGUGGAACAGGAAAUCAAAGUGGCUAUAUUCACCCUCAUCAAUGAAAUCAAUAAAAAGGGAAAAUCUCUCCUACAGCACCUUGAGAACGUGACAAAGGAGAGGCAGAUGAAGCUGAUCCAGCAGCAGAAUGACAUCACUGGUCUGUCACGGCAAGUGAAGCACGUGAUGAACUUCACUAAUUGGGCCAUUGCCAGUGGCAGCAGCACUGCCCUGCUCUACAGCAAGCGCCUGAUAACCUUCCAGCUGAGGCACAUCCUGAAGGCGCGCUGCGAUCCCGUCCCUGCUGCCAACGGCGCCAUCCGCUUCCACUGUGACCCCACCUUCUGGGCUAAGAAUGUUGUCAAUUUGGGUAACCUGGUGAUUGAAAAUAAACCAACCCCUAGUUACACUCCCAAUGUAGUGGUUGGGCAAACUCCUCCAGGAACAAACCACGUCAACAAAGCUCCAGGACAAAUCAAUCUGGCCCAGCUUCGACUGCAGCACAUGCAGCAGCAGGUGUAUGCCCAAAAACACCAGCAGCUGCAGCAGAUGAGGAUGGCCCAGCCAUCCUCUGCAUCCGUGCCCAGGCAGAGCAGCCCCCAAGUCCUGCAGCAGCAGCCUCCCAGGUUGAUCAGCAUGCAGACCAUGCAGAGGGGUAACAUGAACUGUGGGGCUUUCCAAGCACAUCAGAUGAGAAUGGCUCAGAAUGCUGCUCGUAUACCAGGAAUCCCACGCCACAAUGGACCUCAAUACUCCAUGAUGCAACCUCACCUUCAAAGACAACACUCCAACCCCGGCCACGCCGGGCCCUUCCCGGUGGUCUCCGUGCACAACACCACCAUCAACCCCACCAGCCCCACCACGGCCACCAUGGCCAGCGCCAACCGUGGCCCCACCAGCCCCUCCGUGUCGGCCAUCGAGCUCAUCCCGUCCGUCACCAACCCGGAGAACCUGCCCUCGCUGCCUGACAUCCCCCCCAUCCAGCUGGAAGAUGCUGGUUCCAGUAGUUUAGAUAAUCUGCUAAGCAGAUACAUCACAGGCAGCCACCUCCCCCCACAGCCCACCAGCACCAUGAAUCCCUCCCCAGGACCUUCAGCUCUGUCUCCAGGGUCAUCAGGUUUAUCCAACUCCCACACUCCUGUGAGGCCCCCCAGCACCUCCAGCACAGGCAGCAGAGGAAGCUGUGGCUCCUCGGGCAGGACUGCUGACAAAACUGGCAUUGGCUUCAAGGCUGACCAAGUGAAAGUCAAGCAAGAGCCAGGCACAGAGGAGGAGAUCUGCAGUUUCUCAGGAACAGUAAAGCAGGAAAAAACAGAGGAUGGCAGAAGGAGUGCUUGCAUGCUCAGCAGCCCCGAGAGCAGCUUGACACCCCCACUAUCCACCAACCUCCACCUGGAGAGCGAACUGGAAGCUUUGGGAAGCCUGGAAAACCACGUGAAGACAGAGCCAGCAGACCUGAGCGAGAGCUGCAAGCAGCCUGGGCACAGCCUGGUGAACGGCAAGUCGCCGGUGCGCAGCCUCAUGCACCGCUCGGCGCGGGGGGCAGGAGAGGGCAGCAACAAGGACGACGACCCCAACGAGGACUGGUGCGCCGUGUGCCAGAACGGGGGGGACCUGCUGUGCUGUGAGAAGUGCCCCAAGGUGUUCCACCUCACCUGCCACGUCCCCACGCUGCUCAGCUUCCCCAGUGGAGAGUGGAUAUGUACAUUCUGCAGAGACCUGAGCAAACCUGAAGUGGAAUAUGAUUGUGACAAUUCCCAGCACAGCAAGAAGGGCAAGACAGCACAAGGCCUGAGUCCCGUGGACCAAAGGAAAUGUGAACGCCUCCUGCUUUACCUGUACUGCCACGAGCUGAGCAUUGAGUUCCAAGAGCCAGUCCCAGCCUCGAUACCAAACUACUAUAAAAUCAUAAAGAAGCCAAUGGAUUUAUCCACGGUGAAGAAGAAACUGCAGAAGAAACAUUCCCAACACUACCAGACCCCCGAGGACUUCGUGGCCGACGUCCGGUUGAUCUUCAAGAACUGUGAAAGGUUUAAUGAAAUGAUGAAAGUUGUUCAAGUUUAUGCAGAAACACAAGAGAUUAAUUUGAAGGCUGAUUCAGAAGUAGCACAGGCAGGGAAGGCAGUUGCAUUGUACUUUGAAGAUAAACUUACAGAGAUCUACUCAGACAGGACCUUCCAGCCUUUGCCUGAAUUUGAGCAGGAAGAGGAUGAUGGUGAAAUAACUGAGGACUCCGAUGAAGAUUUUAUACAACCACGUAGAAAACGCCUAAAAUCAGAUGAGAGACCAGUGCAUAUAAAGUAAUCUAAUGAUAUGGACCUAAAAUUUAUUGUAAAAACUGUUAUUUAAGUGUUCCUGGAAUAUUAUCAUGCCUACAGUGGCCAUCUUGCAGAAGCUGAUAGCUUUUUAAACAGUAUUAGAUAACAAAACACUUGUACAGAAAAACAUUCGCAUCAAAAGGGGAAAAAACCUGUAUUGUAAAUUUUUGGUGGUUUGUAUUUUUUUUUUCCUUGAUUACUUGCUAUAUUCUUUCUUUUCCUGAUGGAGGGGACACACUCCUGCUGGUCUCACAGACAGAGGUGGAGGCAUGUUGAAGAGAAGCAGAUUUGAUAGGAGAUGUUCCAUGUACAGAUCAGACUGUAGUGACACCACCUGCAGGACUGGACCCACCCAGUGACUGUGUCCUGCUUUACACUGCAGUGUAAACUGUGAGCAGAGCUCCUGAAACCCCCUCUGUGUCCACUCAAGUGUGUGUUGGUCGUUGCUUUGAUCAUCUCAUUGAAGCAGGACUGUGAAUAACUUGAUCUUCUGUGUCCAUCCAACCGUUGACAUGUUGCUUUCUUUACUCCAUUUCAUGUAUAGCAAAAGGAAGAAGAAAGAAAAAUCAUUAAACUGUUCUGAAUGGGCGAGUGCAGGAAUGGGAGGCAGAUGAAAGGCUAAGCUGGUGGCUCCAAUCCCUUUCAGUAGGACAAGGUGUAUUUAUUAAACUCCUGUGCCCAGAACAUUUUAAUGGCAUCCAUGGCAGAAGUCUCAGCGUUGUCAUCUGUCCCUGACCCCCUGACGAGGCAGAAUGUUCUCUCCAGUAUUCAUUCUCUACUUUUCUGUACUUAAAAUGUAGACUGAAGAGGUAAUAACUGGUUGGGGUGUUUUUCCAGUCUUCCUAAAUAUCAGUUUCUAAUAAGACCACUCGGCAAACAAUAACCUAUUAACUACCAAAUGUGUAAAAUUUCCUGUAUUCACUUUGUCUUAUUUGUAAAUAGUGAAUUGAGAUUUCUUGCAGGUCAGCAACAUUUGCUGAACUGUUUUUAAGCUAAUAUGUAUUCUUAUUGAUUGUUCCUAUCAAGAAAAGAUUUGUAAUAUAUGCUAUUUCUAACAUUGCAUUCAUUUUGAGGUUCCGUCUUAUUUUUCUUAGAGUACUUCUCAGAACUUUCUUCAGAAGCAGCUUGUGAGGGAAAUGUGCAGGAAGAUUGGAAUCAGUCUGAGUUUGGGUUGCCUGUCCAUCCACUGAACAAAACACUUGCACAGGGUUUGGCCUUGAGUGGUUUUUGGUCAAAGAGUGAGAACAGAACAAUUUCCCAGUUCCCUCAGUAACCCUUGGGGCACCUCUGCAGUGCCUUCCCUUGCACUGCCUCCAUCCCAGCAUUCCUGGUAGGAAAUCAUGGAAUCACAAGGACUUACAGCUCCGGGAGUUGUUUUCUUUACUGACUCGAGUCGGUACUAGAAAUAAAUGCAAUUUCUGGCCUUCAUGUUGAUCUUGUUAAAGGAAGUUGAAGAAUUCAUGUAAGCAAUGAGCUCGAGAUGGCAGCCCCUGAGUUUGCCAUUGUUUGUGUGGAUCCAGCAAUUCUGUGGGAGAUCCCUGGGGGUUUGGUGUGCUCAGCACAACGAUUCCUGUGACAUUGGACAUGCUUUACCAUCAUGGUAAAGAGAAAUAUUUUAGCACAAUAUCAAAUAGAGAAAUGCUCUCAGCAGUUUUUAUGCAAAUCACUGGUUUCUUUUAUAAGAACCAGGUCUGUGUACCUUGGGAUUCUCCCUCUUGCAAUAAAUGAGGGGACUGAAAAUGUUUUUAACUUCCAGCUCACUUCUUCACUCAAAUGUUACACUUCAAACUCAAACUGGUUGUUUUUUUUAAAUUUCUUAGACAUUAACAGUGCUGUUUUAAGUUUAUUUUUUACCAGUUUGUAUGUGAAAGGAAAAGGAAUUCCACUUCAACAUAUUAAAUUGACAAAGAGUGACAACUUUGCCUGUGGAAAAGCUGAUGUGUGAAUAGGACACUGGUAGUGACAAGGGAUCAUUUCAUGGCUCUGUGUAUUGCCUAUUUAUGCAUUUCUAGUUUCUCAGCUUCAUUUUGCAAAAGGAAUAUUAUUAAAAUUAUCAUGAAAAUAAGA